UCUCACUGUUAUAAAAACCGCGCGGUAAACAUACCCCCCUCUUUUCAUUCUUCUCAAUCCAUCGCUUCUUCUCCUUCUUCUUCUCGGCAAACCAGAGAGAGAGAGAGAGAGAGAGAGGAGAUCAAUGGCGGAGGAAUCGUGCUGCGGAGCUAUGUUCUGGGUUUACUUGAUGGUGAGCGUGGCGCUAGUGAUGUUCGCUGGCCUCAUGUCUGGCCUUACGCUCGGGCUUAUGUCGCUCAGUCUUGUCGACCUUGAAGUCCUUGUCAAGGCCGGGCAACCCCAGGAUCAAUCCAAUGCCGCUAAGAUUCUUCCUGUCGUGAAGAACCAACAUCUUCUGCUUUGCACUUUGCUUAUUGGGAACUCCCUCGCUAUGGAGGCACUGCCCAUCUUUCUUGAUGCUUUGGUGCCGUCUUGGGGGGCUAUUUUGAUCUCUGUCACACUUAUAUUGGCUUUUGGUGAGAUCAUUCCGCAAGCUGUUUGUUCUCGAUAUGGUUUGAGCGUGGGAGCCAGAUUGGCUGGUGUUGUUCGUGUGCUUCUGUUGGUCUUUUUCCCAAUUGCUUACCCAAUCAGUAAGCUGCUAGACUGGUUGUUGGGGAAGGGACACUUUGCUCUUUUAAGAAGGGCUGAGUUGAAGACUUUGGUGGAUAUGCAUGGAAAUGAGGCAGGAAAGGGUGGAGAGUUGACCCAUGAUGAGACUACUAUUAUUACUGGAGCUUUGGAAUUGACCCAAAAGACGGCUAAAGAUGCCAUGACUACAAUAUCCAAAACCUUUUCACUUGAUAUAAACUCUAAGCUGGACAUGCACACUAUGGGUUUAAUAAUGUCAAAGGGGCAUAGUCGUGUACCCAUAUACUCAGGGAGUCCAACGAAUAUUAUUGGCCUUAUUCUGGUUAAAAAUUUGAUCACUUGCCGAGCAGAAGAUGAGACCCCCAUUAGGAAUGUCACCAUCAGAAAGAUUCCUAGGGUCUAUGAUGAUCUCCCUUUGUACGAUAUACUGAAUGAAUUUCAGAAGGGUCAUAGUCACAUGGCUGUGGUUAUUAAACGUGCCAAAAAUAUAGGGGAAACUGUGGACUUGGACAAAAAUGGUAUAGUGGAGAAUGGAUCAGAACAAGCUAAAAAAGGAGAUGAAUCUCAGUCCGCCUCAGUUGAGCAGCUGGGGACAGUCACAAAUGCAUCUCCAGUGCACUUCAGUUCUUCUGGAGUUCAGAUUUCUACACUGAAAAGUAUAACGGAGAAACCGGGAGAUUCACGCUCCAUAUUAAAAAGGAUGGACCGGGGAAAGCGUGAUGAUAUUCUUGAUGUUAAUUUAGAAUCACUUCCAAGCUAUUCAGCAGAUGAAGAAGUAGUUGGGAUUAUCACAAUGGAGGAUGUUAUGGAGGAAUUACUGCAGGAAGAGAUAUUGGAUGAAACUGAUGAGUAUGUUGAUGUCCAUAACAAGAUAAAAAUUAAUAUGUUACCUCAAAGAACCUCGUCACCGAGAUCUCCGAGUGCCGGACCCAUGUCACAUUUCCAAAAGCGAACUCCAAUAGCUUCUCCGCUUUCUCCAUUUCAUAAUUCUUCCACAGUGAGGUCACCAUUUUCGCCUUUUAACCGAGGUCCCAUCCCAACAACUUUUUCAAGUUCUCCAUCUAAAAACUCGCCAAUUUCACCUGCCGAAGGUUCUGUUCCACGCAAUGGUUCACCUGCAUCUCAUAAAGUAUCAAGGAAACACUAUGAAGAACUCCCAAAAUAGGGUGAAUAAAGGGUAUCAAUUGUAGCAUCAAGCCUUGCUUAUGAAGGUAAUAAAUAUCAAUUGAGAGUUUUACAAUGUAAAUGCCUUCACUUUUUGGCUCUCUUCAAACAUUGGAUUUUGUAAAUUAUCUUCUGGUUUUUCCUUAACUUUACAUGCUUAUGAAAAAUAUAUGUCGAUAUUGCUAGGAUAACUAAUAGUCCCACAUCGGUUAAUUUGAAAAAAAUGAAUGUAAGUAAGUCUGGAUUUGUUGUCUAUUAAUAUAAACUUUUGCGUUGAA